AUGAGCGGAGACUGGGGGUAUGGGACCGUACUGAAGAUCUUCGUAUGGGGGUACUUGAUAGGAGGACUGACUCUUCUUCCGGCCGUGCUUGCACUCGCCUGGUUCCUAUGUACCACGCCAGUUGACCACGAGAGCCUUGGAGGAACAGCCCCCAACGGCGGAGUAGAGGGACGCAGAAAGUCUAAUGGAUCGAUGAGUGGGAACGAUGAAGACAGUAACAACCUGGGCUUUGGGCUAGAUGACGAGAUAUUGGAGAAGUUGAAAGGAAGAACUCAUGUACCCGACGUAUUUGCUGGGUACUUCGCCGUAUGUCGCGAGUAUGUGCCUGGCGGUAUCAACGGGAAACCCCCAGAUCGUACGACUCCUGCCGGUGCUGUAGUAUCCAUGGAGAGCCCUAGUGUGUAUCAGUCCAUGUACAGGAGUAUCUUUGACCGGAAUAAAACCAUGAGCCCGACAAUCGAGGCUUCGAACGCGAGAAGCAAGAAGGCGCGGAAUGUCUUCUACGUCGUGUUACGGCUCGGACACUUGAUGCUCUACGACAACGAAGACCAAAUCGAGGUCCGCCAUGUGAUCUCUCUUGCGCACUACAAAGCCGACGUAUACUCUGGUGGAGACCGCAUCCCUGAAGGCGAGUUGUGGAUUAAGCGAAACUGCAUUCGGUUGAUUCAAAAGCUCGAUGGCGAUGCUGCCGUAGAGGCCAAAGCAUUUUAUCUCUUCUCCGACAAUUGCUCGGAGAAGGAGGACUUUUACCACGCGAUGCUCCAGGCGCAGGAACACCACAAGGACCACGCCGCUAGCAAUCUGCCUCCUAUUCCGCUCAAGUUCGAGACACCGGACCUUGUCAAGCUCGUCCAGCAGUUGCAUGCCUCAGAAGAGAACUUGCACACCCGCUGGAUCAACGCCCUGAUCGGCAGGGUCUUCCUUGCUCUCUACAAAACGUCAGAGGUGAAGAACUUCAUUGCGACGAAGAUCAACAAGAAGAUAGCUCGCGUGCGUAAGCCUGCACUCAUCAGCAGCAUUCAAUUGCGCAGCGUUGAUAUGGGAACCCUACCACCUUUCAUUACAAAUCCAAAGCUCAAGGAGCUUACUGUCGAUGGCGAUCUUGUCGUAGAAGCCGACGUCAGCUACAAGGGCAACAUCCGAAUUGAAAUCUCGGCGACUGCACGAAUCGAUCUGGGAGCUCGCUUCAAGGCGCGUGAAGUGACCCUCGUUCUUGCAACCGUCCUGAAGAAGCUCGAUGGACAUUUUCUCAUUAGGAUCAAGCCGCCUCCGAGUAACAGGCUCUGGAUAACGUUCGAAUCACCACCGCGGAUGGAGCUAGCACUCGAGCCAAUUGUGAGCUCGCGACAGAUUACUUAUGGCGUUGUACUGAGGGCUAUCGAGAGUCGUAUACGAGAGGUCGUCAACGAGACAUUGGUAUUGCCGAAUUGGGACGACAUGCCGUUCACGGACACGAUUGCGCAGAUCAUACGCGGGGGGAUCUGGGAAGGUGACAAGAUGGGUGAAAUAGAGGAGCUUCCUAAGAUCAAGCACGAUGAUGCUGCAAUGGAAUCCGCAAUUCCCGAUCUUGAGAAACUCGACGAGAACGCGGACGCCGGCUCGCACCUAUCUAUUUCCUCCAGCAUUGAGUCUGAGGAACUCGGAACUGGCAUUUCCAGUUCAACAGACUACAAGUCAUCGUCUGUGAGACCCCGACCAUUGCGAUCGGCAUCCUCUACAGCACAAGUCAAGCUCGAUUCAGCGAAUGCUUCAGCCGAGAUUGUGAACGACCGCGAAAGCAAGACACCAACAAGCAUACGGUCGCUUCCUAUCCCGUCGCCAAUGAGAUCACCAUUCCCACCUGGAAUCUCGGAUAUUACAGCAGAGUCUUCGAGCAGUUCGGCUGAGGACGUGACUACAGCUUCGAUUUCAGGAGCGAGCACGAGGUCAGCCCCCAUUCCCGAGACCGAGAAGGGACACGCACGCAUGAGGUCAAAAGACUUGACCGCUCAAGAAAUUGCAGCUGCCGCCGCCGCCGCAGCUAGCGCAACGAACGCAACAAAAAAGCAGACCCUCAACCAGUCGCUUAACUCGGCUACAGCAGCAGCGAGAAACUGGCUCGUCUCGAAACAGAAUCCACAAUCCUCGCGGACCAACAAUCCUAUAGGGAGCAAAAAUAGUCUAAUCAACAACAGACCACUGUCCUCUGAGGGCCAAGGCUUGGACGGUGACGGCGCAACGGAGUCAUCCCCUUCCGUAUCAAAGUCACAUACUGAGCCAAUGGGUCGAGGCCAGCCUUUGCCACCUCUAGGGCAGCCGCUCCCACCACCUGCAAAGCCGGAUAAGCGGCAGACCUGGACCUUGCCAGCAGCGUCUACAUUUGCCAAUCUGGCAAAGAGGAAGCCUAUCUCGACGACACCCGUUUUGUCUGAAAGGAAGAGCAAGGAACAGCUUGUCCCUCCUACAGAUACCCAGCAGGCAAGUGACGCCACACAAGACAGUGAGGACAUUUUUCGCAGGAAGUCCCACUCCACUCAAGACAAGCCGCCGCCACUGCCACGUAGAAAGUCUUCAGUCGGAAGUACCACGCCUUCGACGCCGCCGCCUGCCCUCCCUAAGCGACGGCAACGUCAGCCGAGUCUGAACCUGAGUUCGCAUAACCGCCGUCCUAGCCAGAAGCAAAAUCAUAUGGAUGAGCUUGGGGACGAGGCAGGAGAGAGCCUGUUUGUCGUUCCAGCGCCGCUAGUCGAGGGUAGCGCGCCGACUAGCCCGACAAGUGGCGAAGGGAGAGCUGAGUCGAUUAGGGGAGAUGGAGAGAGUGGGAAGGUAUCAUUAGCGUCAGACAAGGCGAGUGAGCGAGGUAUAACGUAG